CCUUAAAUCACAUGCUGACAUAACAAGAACCUACUCUCCACCCAUAUCCGAAAAGAGUCUGUUAAAGAGGUGUCUCACCUUCCUCACCACGCUCUUAUUACCAAGAAACACACCGGAGUUCUGACAACAAGCGGAGGCGUCUUAGGACACACUAGUGCAGCUCCCUGUUGGCCGGGACUCCGGCUGUCUGGUGCGUAAAAACGCCGUGAACUGGAACCGCACUGACCCCUGCCAGAGAAAUUACAAGGAAAAUCGUGUGGAUAUUCAAGUGUUGGGAUUUAUCUAAGACUCCAUUCACUGUCUGGUUAUACUUUACAUGCCAAAGCUGGGGGAACAGACUGAAACACAAGAGACUUUUGCGCGAAGCUUUACAGUUUUCGCCACAAUAAUUGGUUAUCGGAUGGACCAGCAUCCCAGCGCCCGGAGCUGCACCAGUCGCGGAGCUUCGUCCUGCGAGGCCGUCCCGACUGAGCCAUCCAUGAAUCUGUACAUCCACUCCACCACCGGCACACGCUUCGAGCUCUCCCUGCCCCUGGAGGAGACCGUGGAGGGACUGAAGAGGAGGCUGUCGCAAAGACUCAAAGUACCCAAAGAGAGACUCGCUCUGCUACACAAAGAAACGCGUCUAAGUUCAGGCAAACUCCAGGAUCUAGGCAUCUCAGAUGGGAGCAAGUUAACACUUGUACCAACAGUUGAAGCAGGAUUAAUGUCUCAAGCAUCAAGACCUGAACAGUCAGUAAUGCAGGCCUUGGAGAGCCUAACAGAAACUCAGGUCAGUGACUUCCUGUCCGGCCGCUCCCCCCUCACCCUGGCAUUGCGUGUAGGUGAUCACAUGAUGUUCGUCCAGCUCCAGUUGGCAGCGCAGCAGUCUGGCGGACCCCAGCUCCAGCACAGACACCUCAUCACCAGGGGCAAUGCUGAAAACACAAUGGGACAGCCCACAGGCCAGCCCCGUGUUCCCCACUCUCACCCGCACUCCCACCACCACCCCCAUCACCCCCACAGUCACCCCAGCUCCCACCUGACCCAACCUCACCCGGUCCCCUCCUCCCCCUCCUCACCAGGCUCCCCUUCCUUCCCCCUGCCCUCCGCACACCACCAGCCGCUCCCACCCAUGUACCACCAGUCGCCCUCCUCUUCUCACUGUAGCCCCCCUACUCCACCUCCACCUCCCCACUCCCCUCGUCCGUCUCACAUGCCUGGAAGCCUGUUCCGCUCACCACCUCAUCACCAUCAUCACCACCACCACUACCACCAGCCUUCCUCAGGCCAACCCAGCCACAACAUCAGCCAGGCCAGCCCUGUAGCCCCAGUCCUCUGCCCCGAGGCUAACUGCAGCAGCACCAGCCCCAACAGUGGCUCUAGCCCUUCGACACGCUCCCGUAAACCUGGCGCCAUCAUUGAGAGCUUUGUCAACCACGCUCCUGGGGUCUUCUCAGGGACCUUUUCAGGCACUUUGCAUCCUAACUGCCAGGACAGCAAUGGGCGUCCCAGACGAGAUAUUGGUACCAUCCUGCAGAUCCUCAAUGACCUCUUGAGUGCAACACGCCACUACCAGGGCAUGCCCCCCUCCCUCACUCAGCUUCGCUACCAGACCCAGUGUGGUUCACCAACUUCACCAUCACCCUCACCGCCUCCUUCACCCCCGGUUGCUGGUAUGACAGGCCUCUCUGCCAAAGCUACCUCGGUGCCCGCCUCCAGCCCUAGCAGCCCUCCGCCGACACUUCACCCGCUGGUGCAGUGCCAGAGCCAGAUCCGCAUGUGCAAACCUCCUGGUGACCGUAUACGUCAGACUGAGAACCGUGCAACCCGCUGUAAGGUGGAACGCCUGCAGCUGUUGAUGCAGCAGAAGCGCCUGCGCAGGAAGGCCAGGCGGGACCAGCGCGCUCCUUAUCAGUGGCUGCCCAACCGCAAGGCUGGACGCAGUAACAGUAACAGCAGCAUGUCCAGCGAGGGUUCCUUGGACCUGGACUUUGAUGAUUCAGUGUGGAAGCCUGAUGUCAAGGCUGACUUGAAGUCUGAGUUCGUCAUGGCCUGAACCCGUCAUAUCCCAGAGGAUAUAUUCAAAGAUGUGCAAAGCAUUGCUUGGGAUUUACUUAGAGAUAUUUUGAGGGAGUGGAUUGGCAGGAGAUGACACACAACUGUGCAAAGAUGUCUUGUGCAAAGAGGAAAUCAAAGUUGUCCUUGUGACUGCCGUCUGUCACAUGAAAAAAGCUCCCUGUUGACUUUAAUCCCAUUGUGUCCUUCACAGUCGACCUUGUGAAAAUGGCAACAAUAGCUACAGAACUUUCUUUUAAAGCUUGGAUUUGGACAGGCAGAAACUGGACUUAAAGUAAAAGACUUGUGUGAUUUCAGAGACCAUACCUGUACUUGAGCAUAGCAGAAUUCAGUGGGUGGUGGUGGUGGUGGUGGUGGUAUUUACCAGAUUUUUUUUUUUUCAAGAUUUUUUUAACACAAGCUCUGGACAGCAAUGAAGAGAUCCACACUGGACUAAUUAAAAGGACAGGAGAACCAGAGGCCUCAGUGUUUCCUAUUCACAAGAAAGGCAGAGCUGCCGAACUAUGGAUUAUUCCAAUGGGCAUUCUUAUUGAUCUCAAAUCUCACCAACCAGAGUCCAGUUUUUACUUGUUACGGGGUGGUUAAACCUUUUGUUUUUUUUGCCAUUUUGAAACAUAUUAUUAUAUUUUAUAAACAAAAAAAUAUGUAGCAUUGUUCACAAAGCAUUCAGGUUUUCAUAUAACAGUUAAAAGUAGUCGUCGAUUUGCACAUUUUCUUGAUUUAUAACAGCUGGUCAAAGUGUGCAAGGAGGAAGAGGAGGAGGAGGGGCCUGAAAUAGAAUAAGAAAUGAAUAUGGAAGUAU